AUGGGUGGAGGGAGAGUGGGAACUGAGUUUCCGUAUGGGCGUCCUUGGAUUGCUGUUGCUCCGCUCCUGUUCCAGCUGCUACUGCUGGCUGAGCACAGCAUCCUUAUGCACCCAUUCCACAUCUUAGGUCUAGCUGGUGUAUUGGCUUGGCUCCCUAUUCAGCGCUAUGCAUGGUUCCUUGGGUGGGGUUGCUUUGGUUUUGGUGCAUUUCAUCUAACCGGAUUGUCUGGUCUGGGAAUAUGGGUAUCUGAUCCUUAUGGAUUAACCGGAAGGGUACAAGCUGUAAAUCCUCCGUGUGGUGUCGAAGGGUUUGAUCCUUUUGUUCCGGGCGGAAUAGCCUCUCAUCAUAUUGCAGCAGCUUUUGUUGUUGUUGGAACUAUAUGGUAUGGUUCAGCAACUACCACGAUUUCAUUCUUUGGUCCCACUAGUUAUGGGAUCAGGGGUACUUCCAGCAAGAAAUAUAUCGAAGGAUUAUUCAGAGCGGGUUCCAUGGACAAGGGGGAUGGAAUAGCUGUUGGGUGGUUAGGACACCCUUUUAGAGAGAAAGAAGGGCGCGCACUUUUUACAGCGACAGAAUUGUUAGAGGCGAUCUUCCUUUUCGAAGAGCAGAAUCGAAGUAUAGUGUUGAACUGGUCGGUGGAACUGUUGAGUUCUAUGGUGGUGAACUCAAGGGAGUCAGUUAUAGCUGCUACUGUGAAACAAUAUGCUAGACGUGCUCCAUUGGGUGAAAUGAGUGAACUAGAUAGAUCGUGCUACUUUGCAAUCGGGGUUUUUCGUAGCAGUCCAAGGGAAAGGGGUGAAACCGUGAGACCGGCGAAGGAGUUUACAGUGAAAGAAUAG